AUGACCCGACCCAGUCUCAGUCCGUUGUUGUCCCUACGAUGCGAUUUUACUUCAUCCUACGGUCAAAACUUGGGAAAUUCGCCAAGGUUGAAAAUGCCUCGCUAUGAUGAUCGAUAUGGUACAACUCGCCUAUAUGUUGGUCGUUUAUCUUCACGGACACGCUCUCGUGAUUUGGAGUACCUCUUCAGCAAAUACGGGAGGUUUUCGGGCUUUUGCCUGACCUGGAGGUCAAUGGUGAUUGGUGGAAAAAUGGUGGGAAGUCUUGCUGAGUGUUAUAGGAGACUUUUGGCGAAUACUUUCCCUCUCCCUCUCUGUAGUCUUAGUUCCUGUUUUUAUGGAAUUGGCAACAUUCCAAUCCAAAUUUCAAAAGUACGAGAUGUGGAUAUGAAGCACGACUUUGCAUUUGUUGAGUUUAGUGACCCUCGGGAUGCUGAUGAUGCAAGAUACAGCUUAAAUGGUAGAGACUUAAAUGGGAGUCGGCUGCUUGUGGAAUUCGCCAAGGGUACUCCACGAGGCCCAGGCGGUUCGAGAGAAUAUGUAGGGAGAGGCCCUCCGCCAGGGUCAGGGCGGUGUUUCAACUGCGGGCUUGAUGGUCACUGGGCCCGCGACUGCAAAGCGGGUGACUGGAAGAACAAAUGUUAUCGAUGUGGUGAGAGGGGCCACAUUGAAAGGAACUGCCAAAACAGCCCUAAAAAACUCAAACGUGGCAGGAGCUACUCGAGAUCACCGGUCCGAUCACGCUCUCCCCGCCGUCGCCGGAACCGCAGCCCAAGUUACAGCCGAAGCCCCAGUUACAGUCGUUCCAGGUCACCUCCUCAAAAGAAAGAGCGUUUGGAAAGGAGGACAAAAAGCCCGCGAUACUCGAGGAGCAGCAGCAGGAGUCGCAGCCCCGAGCCAUCUAAAAGAAGGAACCGUAGCCCAACGCCCAAUGAAGACCGAGUUAGUCCGUCUCCUGAACGAGUUAACUCGGAUUAUAGCAUGAGCCCGCAGAGGGGAAAGAGCCAGAGUCCAGGUGGCAGCCCGUCUGAAGCCAAUGGGCGUAGUAGGAGUCCUAGCCCGGUUGGUGAUGUGGGUCCAGGUCAGGGUGAGGGUAGUCCGGUUGAUGAAGAAGGUGAGGGUCCGGUUGUUGAAAGGAGCCCGAGCCCGGGUGACGGUGAGGAAGAAAAUCGAGAGGGUAGUGAGUAGUGAGUGAUGAAAUGGGGAGGGUGGUGACUUUGUCUUUUGGUUUAAACAAGACUUUGAAAAACUACUACAUGGCAUGUUAUGUCAUGUCUCUUUUUUCUUGUUGAGAAAUAUGACUUAAAUGAUGUUGAGACUUUUACCUUUUACGCAUCCUGAAUUUUGAAGUUGGUGUAUGCGUGGGUAAUUCGUGUUCUAAACAACCCAAUGACCUUAACUG